AUGAAUAAGAAGAGUCAAACAGAACAUUCACGUAUAUAUAGCAGUAGGAACACCAGUGGUCAGAAGGGCAGUAGGGACACCAGUGGUCAGAAGGGCAGUAGGGACACCAGUGGUCAGAAGGAAAGCAGGGACACCAGUGGUCAGUACGGCAGCCGGGACACCAGCAGUCAGAAGGGCAGCAGGGACACCAGUGGUCAGAAGGGCAGUAGGGACACCAGUGGUCAGAAGGGCAGUAGGGACACCAGUGGUCAGAAGGGCAGUAGGGACACCAGUGGUCAGAAGGGCAGUAGGGACACCAGUGGUCAGAAGGGCAGUAGGGACACCAGUGGUCAGAAGGGCAGUAGGAACACCAGUGGUCAGAAAGGAAGCAGAGACACCAGUGGUCAGAAGGGCAGCAGGGACACCAGUGGUCAGAAGAGCAGUAGGGACACCAGUGGUCAGUACGGCAGCCGGGACACCAGUAGUCAGAAGGGCAGCAGGGACACCAGUGGUCAGAAGGGCAGUAGGAACACCAGUGGUCAGAAGGGCAGUAGGAACACCAGUGGUCAGAAGGGCAGUAGGGACAACAGUG